GGGAGUUAGGCUGGCUGAGCUAAAAUCAAGGAAUAUGUACAAAGGUUCCACUCGAGAGAGCCACGUACAGGAACUUCGCCCCCUCUCAGAAUAGAAUAGAAUAGAUAGGGGUGCUUUACCACCAGAGUUGGGACAUGCUACGUUGCCAUCGAUGCGUUUGAUAUCCACCAAUCAUAAAUUAAUUGGUGCUCAUAGCAUAGCACUAGCAUAGAACAUCUUUGGAGGAAUAACACCCAUUCUAGGCUCCGAAUGUUACGUACAAUCAGCUAUAAGUAGAUAUAUGCCGUUGUAAACUAACCUAACCAACCAAAACUGACGUACGAUUAGGGCUACAGUAAAGAAACUCCCAUUUUCUAGUCGAGCAACAUUAUACGAGUGAGUUUGACAAGGUAAAAAAGUGUGUAGAUACUUAUGAAGCUAACCUGUACUUGCAUUUUUGUAUUAUUACUAUUACAAGCGAUGAUUUAACAGAAAAUUAUCAGUAUUUGUCUAACAUUUGAUGAUGAUAUGAGGCACAGUGCGUGGAAACGCAGUCAAGGACGGUUCACGCUCGGGUACUCUCGUGUUUACAAAUGUAACAAAUGUAACGAAUGCCAAUUAAAUAAUUGUAUCACAGAGACUCAAAUUUGCAUUAAUUAUAUUCAUAUAAUGCAUUCCAUAUUACAAUUUCUAUUGCCCAUUAUGUGAUGAUGAUUUCAUGUUAAAAACGUGAACAAAACAUAGCUGAUUGUCAUAAUUUUUACCAUUUUCCACUAAAAAAAAAAAAACCACGCACUCACGCCUUGUACUAAUACUGGGAGUACCCUUUGCGGGGUAGGCACAGGUGCAUUGCUGCACCCACUUUUCGCCAGAGUGUUAUGUUCGUCCCAAUAUUUGUGUGUUAAUAUGUUAUUUUCCAAUAUUCGAUACAAUACGGUUUGUUUCAUACAAUAUGUAAUGGCAAUUAAUUUAUUCUCACAUAGAUGCGUGCGUGAUGCCUGCGUGGCCGUGACCUGUGGCAGAUUCUUAGCAUAUUUAUAUACAUUAUUAUAGUUUACUACAAACAAAGAAGUAUUGUGGAAAUAUUAAGAAUAUCUCUUGAACAAUAGAAAUAAUCUACAAGGGAUGAUUUCCAUUCAUUAAUGUCUCAUUCGUACACACAGGUGUCCAUCACUAGACCAUAAAGCAAACUAUAAAAUUUUACCAGUUCGUCAUUAAUUAUAGUAAUUGCCAAAGUUAGUAAUUAAUUACUUAGGAAAAACACAUUCAAUUUUGUCGGAGUCCGGGAAUCACCGCUUAACUUUAUCCCGAUUAGGUACCUAUAUUAAUUUGGUAACUUUCAACCAGUGUAUAUUAUAGUGAGCCUUGUGCUAUGAGCGGCAGUGUUGGCCAACAUUACAAACAAUAUCCUAUUGAUACUGGAAACCAACAAUUAUACAAUAAAAACCGUGCGUUGAAGCCUCGUUUCCCAACAUUGUUUUAAUACUUACAGUAUUGUUAAAUAUUUGCAAUGAUCGUACGCGUAUUCUGCUGAUAAAUAAAUACAAAUAAAAAAAGCGCGAAAAGUUUUCAAAAUGUCCGCUGUAACGUUGUUUUUGUUUUUCGCGAGUGCAUUUACGAAUCUCGCCGCGUGGACUAUAGACUUGCCGGAAGUCCGACAGUACUAUUUUAGCAAAUACGGAAAUAACUUCGACGAUACCACUAAAGUGGAGUUGAAGAAUGAUGAGUAUAUCUACAACAACUUCCAUAGCAACAGUGAACAUCACGAGCACAACCCUGGGUACCAGGGGCCCAUAGGGGACUUGCAGAGCAUUUACGAAGGAGAAAAUAAACAUUUUAAUGGAGGGGAGAAGUACGCGGAGGAGUAUGAGUACCAGUCUUACAUGGAGAAGAAAGUGCACAACAUAGUGCACAGCGGCAGCCUGUACCUCGAGGCGCUGCAGCGAGCCAUCGAGGAGUUCACGCGCCGGCUGGAGGACUGCAGCUCCGCUAAUUAUACCACGCUGGUGGCGUCGGGGCGCUACUCCUCCUGCGCGCGCAUCACAGAGCGCGGCGAGCACGUGCGGCGCGUGGCCCAGCUCGCUCUACACACGGCGGGGCUGCUGCGGGACAGGGACUACGCACGGGGACACGAGCAGGAGGAGUUGUUCGAGGACCGCGCGCUGCUGCUGCGGCUGGCGUUCUUCCUCGACAAGCUCACGGAGCUCACGGGCUUCGAGCCCGACCUCGCGCCGCACCUCACCACCACGCCCGAGCCAACAACACAAGCGCCAGUGGCGACAUCUCCAUUCAACGUGAUGAACAUAUCGGUCCCAGAAGACGUGAAGCUGAUGAUGAUGAACUGUCUGAACAACGACGACACAUCCGUGCCCGCCACCGAGCGCUGCAAGUACCCGCUGCCGCUGCCGGGAACCAUGAUGGAAUCGCUGAACAUGACCAAUGACAACUCAGCUCAAAACAGUUCAAUGAACUUCAGAAGCAGUCAGUCGGUGCUACCUGCCGCGCCCCCCGCGUCCCCCGCCGCAGCCAGCACCCGCCCCGACCUCGACACUUCCCAGUCGCUACUCAUGUCCAAACUGCUGACAGCUUCACCCGCUGCUGCUGACACUCCCGCCAAAUCCAUCCGGAAACGCUCAGCACCCAAUGAAAAUCCCAUUGAAGAAUUCGCUAAAUUCUAUGCCAAGUAUAAAGCUUGGACCAAUGCGAAUCCCAUAGAAGGUAAACCUUUACAGCACGAGUUUGAAGACCACAAUGAAUUGCGGGUCAAACGUUCAAAGAGAUCAGCAACUCUCAAAGCAGUUAAAGAAGAUGUCACGAGCCACAACAUGGAGGAUUUGAGGAAAGCUGCUCAGGGUGUUGUCAAUCAAGGAAGGCAGGCUAAAGUGUUAACAAAGCGCUCCUACAGAAGCCGCGCAAGAGCGCGCGUGCCCGAGGACCCGCUGCAGGACAUCAGCUACUACGUGAAGAACAAGAAGGGCACGGAGCUGAACCCCGAUCCCGUGCAGGCGGCGCAGGUGCGGCUGGGCCUCGAGCGCAUCUUCCGCACCGGCAACCCCGAGGUCAUCCGCCGCUACGGCUCCAACUACAACCCCGCCAACUUCGACCAUCUCAGCUCCGGCCUGCUCAGGAGUUUGGCAGAGGCGAGCUAGAAUUUAUUCAGUAUUAAUUUAUGGUUAGAAGUAGAUAUUUCUCAAUGAUAUUGCGGACAUACGCUUGCCGUAACUAUACUGUGCCUUUCUUGUAUUUCUUUUAUACAGCACCCGUCUAAAAGCUUUCCAAUUGUGCGAAGCUAAUCAUUUUGAUAUAACAUAACAACUGAGUAGGUAGGUACAUCAUUAAAUUAAUGUGCUUUUUUGUAUUUGUAAAGCUCGUACCUAUGUUGUUAACUUGUAGGAGAUCAAUCAGUAUUUUUAAGCAAUGGGGUUCAUUAAUUAUACCUACAUAUAAUCGAUGUAAAAUUUUACAAUAAUUUGUCUAAUGUAAAUCACUAAGGAGAAAGGAGCUUACGGUAUCUCACCUAUGUUUGAAAAAAAUACUAUUUUGUGUAGGCUAGACUUAAGUUAUAUAUUUUUUAUAAAUGUGUUAGAAAGGAUCAACCCUCAUAAUUUUAUUUAUCUAAAAAUACAU